CGGCAAACCGCCAAUAAACAGCUGAAGAAGAAGAACGCAUCUUUUCCUGAUCACUGUCGGCGCAUGCGCAGUCAGCCGGUUGUAACUCGAAGUAUUCAGUCAUUUGGGAAGCGCUGUUUGCUACGAGGUCUCAGGGGAAAAAAAACAAUACAAAACAAAAAACAGACUAUAGAGUGUUGUUUGUACGACAGGAGGUCUGUGUCACCGGGGUUCAGCGACGGUCACUGACGUGCAGUCAUGAGCUUCUUUGGUUUUGGUCAAAGUGCUGAUAUCGAUAUAAUUCUGAAUGACGCCGAAACGAGAAAGAAAGCGGAGCAUAAAAGCGAAGACGGCAAGAAGGACAAAUAUUUUCUCUUCUACGAUGGAGAAACGGUGUCCGGGAAAGUCAACGUUACGCUCAAAUACCCUGGGAAGAGGCUGGAGCACAGCGGCAUUAAGGUUGAAUUUAUCGGCCAGAUAGAGCUGUACUAUGACAGAGGAAAUCGCCACGAGUUUGUGUCCCUUGUGAAAGACUUGGCUCGGCCAGGGGAACUCACACAGUCACAGACAUUUGACUUUGAGUUCACACAUGUGGAAAAACCCUACGAGUCUUACACUGGUCAAAACGUCAAGUUACGCUACUUCCUGAGGGCGACAGUAGGCCAGAGGCUGAAUGACAUCAGCAAAGAGAAGGACAUUGUGGUCCACACACUCAGUACCUACCCUGAACUCAACUCCUCCAUCAAGAUGGAAGUGGGGAUUGAGGACUGUCUACACAUAGAGUUUGAGUACAAUAAAUCAAAGUAUCACCUAAAAGAUGUGAUCGUAGGAAAGAUUUACUUUCUGCUGGUGAGGAUUAAGAUCAAACAUAUGGAGCUUGACAUCAUCAGGCGAGAGACAACUGGCACAGGCCCCAGCGUCUACCAUGAGAACGACACCAUAGCGAAGUAUGAAAUCAUGGACGGUGCCCCAGUCCGAGGGGAGUCCAUUCCCAUCAGGCUGUUUCUAGCAGGCUAUGAGAUGACGCCCACCAUGAGGGACGUUAACAAGAAGUUCUCUGUGCGGUACUACCUCAACCUGGUCCUCGUUGAUGAGGAGGAAAGACGCUAUUUCAAACAGCAGGAGAUCACUCUGUGGAGGAAAGGCGACGUAGUGAGAAAAAGUACGUCUCACCAUUCAGUCAUCGCCUCGCAGCGUUUUGAAGGCUCUUCCAAUCCAGAUAAAUCCGGGUGCCAGAGCAAUGAAGACCACGAAAGCUAAAGCCCAGUAGUGAGUGUCGGAGCAAAUGUGGUGCAGAAGUUGUCGGUGAAGUCUGAAUGUGUAUAUCAUUUGUUUUCAUCGAGAAAGAGAGA